GGGUUGCUCUUAGAAUCACAGGGGAAGUAUGUAAUAAAUGCAAAUGGGGCGUUAUGAUAUUGGCAGAUAUCAAUACUAAAACUACUAGUCUCCGACUUCAAUUCUGGGUAUUUCCUGCCGCUCUCCCUCAACUGUACCAUGGCUUUCAACAAUGGAUCUUAUAACUCAUCUCAUGCAAGUGGAAAUCAUGCUGAGAGACAACUGGAUCCUCAACAACCAAUCAUUGCCAUAAUGCCGCUUAAAAGUGUCCCCUUCGACAGCACACCACGACCGCAUAUGAACAUUCCUGCAUCUAUUAUCAAUCACCCAGCUAUGGUGUUUUUGCCUUCCCAUUCAAAUGAGGAAGAUUUGGAAAGAGUUCUAGGGGCCACCAGUCAUGGGGUUGCUGUUACAGGUAGUGCUGCACUAGGAAAGGUGGGACAUCCCAUCGGAUCAAUUGAUAUCUCGGAAUCUAAUGAUACUUACCUUUUCCGUGUCGCUCUCCCAGGUGUCGCGAGAGAUAGCAAUACAUUUAGUUGGUAUGUCGAGCCGAAUGGAAAGAUAUUUAUCAAGGGUAUAACAACCACUGGUGAGAAGAAAGUUCUUAAGCAUGGCAUGGUAUUCGAAAUGCUCACACAAAAUCUUUGUCCACCAGGAGAAUUUUCCAUCUCAUUUCAGUUGCCAGGGCUAAUUGAUUCUGAAGGUGUCAAUGCUGUUUUUGGAACUGAUGGCAUCUUCGAAGGAGUGGUGAAGAAGAUGCGGCCACAAACUAUUUACUAGUGCAUUUCAGAACUUUAGACUUAUACAGUUCUCGAGUAUAUGCUUUGAACAUCUUGAAGCUGCCUAGUUUUACAUGGUGCCGUGGUGUGGUUUUGUGGCACAGCAGAUUAAAGUUCUUAUACAUUGUUCUAAAACUUUCGGCUUAUACAUGAAUCUAAGUAAAUGCUUUAAACA